UACUAAUCGAUGGCAAAAGACCGCGAAAUUUUUCCCGAGGAAGUAGAAAAAUAUAAACAAACUCUGAGUUCACUUGUUUUGAAGUCACUUGAAAUAACUAUAACCAUAUGAACUGACUUAUAUUUUCAAAGGUUAUAAGUAUCGAUUAAUGAGCAUGUGAAUAUUACCGUGAAUAACAAUGUAAGGCGAAAUGGCAGCCUUCCAAAGUCCAAGGCCAACGCCACAUUUUUUUCAGGAGGUGCAAACUUUCUCCACGAAAAAGUCAAGAGGUACACCAAGAGAUCAGCUUCCACCAAGACCACCUGUGAAAAGUGCUCCACCUGUAAGCCGUAUUUUCCCACAUAGACCAGUGACAAGAGCUCAGAUUGUGUCCUUCAGAAGUUCAAAAACAAAUGACUCUGUAUUGAGUCCUGGGUACAACCAACAUAGUAGAGAUUUGUAUUUUAACCAGUGUUUUCAGGUGAUUUCACAACUAGGUGCUGGCUCUUUUGGUGAGGUGUUUAAAGUCAAAAGUAAGGAAGAUGGAAAGCUGUAUGCAAUUAAAAAAUCUCGUGAAAGAUUCAGGGGCCAGUCAGAUAGGAGACGGAAACUUGAAGAGGUAGCUAAACAAGAGAAGUUGCCACAUCAUCCAAACUGUGUAAAAAUACACAAGGCGUGGGAAGAAAGACAGCACCUUUAUCUGCUGGUGGAACUUUGUAAAACUAGUUUGAGUAACUAUGCCGAGGCACAUCAUGAUAUUAGUGAGCCGGUCAUCUGGAACUUUCUUGUAGAUCUUUUACAGGCAGUGAAACAUCUUCAUGCACAUAAUCUGAUACACAUGGAUAUUAAGCCUGAUAAUAUAUUUAUAUCAUACGAUGGUAUAUGUAAACUAGGAGAUUUUGGACUGGUCAUAGAUCUAUCAAAGGGCAAUGAUUUUUCUGAGGCUCAGGAAGGUGAUCCAAAAUACCUGGCACCAGAAUUGAUGGACGGGAAAUAUAGUAAGGCGGCUGAUAUUUUUAGUUUAGGAAUGACAGUGCUAGAGUUAGCCAGUGACCUUGACCUACCUAGAGGAGGAGAGGGCUGGCAUGUACUGAGAAGAGGGCAGCUCCCAGAUGAAUUCUUGAGAGAUAAAUCGUUUGACCUGAAGUAUGUGAUACGUCAGAUGUUGGAUCCUGCACCGAGUCAUCGUCCUACAGCUGAUCAAUGUCUCGCCUUCCCUUACGUCAGAAAGGUGCUAAAGAAGAGGAGGCGAGAGUACAUGCUUAAAAGUGCUAUAUCUACUGUAAAGUCUUCAUUAUUUCAAGUAUGGGAAUGGAUGUUGCUACUACUGACUUUGUUCACUAUUCCGUACAAUAAAAUACGUAUCCGAUACAGAAAGUCCACACAUUCUAGUAGCGUCUCAUCCAGCUUCAAUACUUCCGGACAGCUCGAUCAUAGCCUCUCAGAUGAUGAAUUAUUUCUAAAUGAUGUGAGUAUACAUAACAAUUCUAUUGGCGCUCCAUUUGAUACUUCAUCCUCGGACAACAGUUUCCAUGACGACAUACCAGUACGGCCUCCGGUCAGGAACGCGUUCACAACACCGGCUUUACGUAACCGACACUACAGCCACAUUCCAUCACCCAUGAGUUCCUCUCCUGUUGGACGAGUUUCUAGAGAUGCCUCUGUUCAUUCUGCAAGUCCCAUACAUCACCAGAAUGAUGACAGUGUGAAUAGUAGUAGCUUAAGCUGGAGUGACGAAGACCGACCUGUCACACCCACGUUACAUCUAAAUCCCGAGACAGAGGAAGCCGUUACCAUUAAAUCCAACAUUGAACCUAAAAAUCUGCUGGGUAUGUUUGAUGCAGCCAGUGAUGAGGAAGAUUAAAAACUUGGUGCUCCGGACGUUUAAUGAUUAAACAGGACUCAUACCAGAGUCUGAUAUGAAGCUUGAAAAUAUAUCAGACACAAAUUCAACAGACAAGAAAAUAUAUACAUGUAUCUGUAUAUAGGCUUUGUAAGCUAGAUAUUUAGUUUGUUUUCAAAGGAUAUGACAGAAAACGUUUGUUAAAUAUUUACACUUAAGUAUGUUAACUGGUAUCAUUAUUUAGAUUUCAGAAAUUGUAUAUGUAUUUUAUUAUUAUUAUUUUUUUUUAAUUUAAAGAAAAGAGAUAAAAAACCAGAUGUGUUCAAGAUAAUUGUAUGCAAUAUAUGUUGUAUUUCUUUACCAUUGGUAAUGGAUUUUUUUUUUGUCGGUCAGUUUGUAAAUUGUUGUAAUUGUAAAGGUUUUGAUAUUAUCUCAACCCACAAAGUGUUCAGAUGUAAAUUUUACUGUCAAAAAAAACUGCCAUAUUAUAUUUGUAUGAUUUCUUUAUAUUAAUGUUAGCUCAUUAUUUACAUUGUUUUCAAUUGAUUACUGUUUUUUUAUUGUUGUUAAUUUAAAUAAGGAUUGAGAGUGAUAAAGUUAGUUUUGUAAUAAGAUAAUUUGAUAUGUAAAUGCAAAGAGCUGGAAGGCCUAGUGGUUAAGGUGUCGGCCUAUCAACCCAGGGAUCAUGGGUUCGAGUCCUAAACAGGUCACAACCAUGUUUCUUCAAAUGACACCAGUACUGGUUGGUUCCAGGUAGCGGACUCGUAAGUGAUUAAUAAAAGUUGCAAGAACUUGUUCCGCAAUCAAGCUUAAAUAAAUGUGAGCCGUGUCAUGACAAAACUAACAUAGUGGGUUUGCGACCAUAAUGGGUCCAGACCAGUCUGCGCAGUCUGAUCAGGAUCCAUGCUGUUCGCUAUCAGUUUCUGUACUUGUAAUAGGGUUUGUAAGCAAACAGCAUGGAUCCUGAUCAGACUGCGCGGAAGCACAGGCUGGUCUGGAUCCAUGCUGGUCGCAAAUGCACCAUGUUGGUUUUGUGAUGUUUUUAUUUUAAGAAAUUGUUAGAAUAUCAAAAAGUAAUGUAGUGCACCAAAGAUUGAUUGUAGUACUUGAUGUAAUUAAUAAUUGUGAAAAAUGUUAAAAGUUAAACUGCUAAGUUUAGUCCUGAAAAAGGAAUAAAGUGUUGUUUUUUUUCUAAAUGCUUCCACUGCGACUCGACUCCAAUACAAAUUUCAUCCCAUUUUCAGGCUUAAACAAGACAAUAAAACUUUAAAACGUUUUUUUUUAAAUUAUAUCUAGUACUAAAGCCAAUUUUUGCUUAGUUACAUUAUUUUUUGAUAUUUAAACAAAUUCUUAGAAUAAAAACAUAUUUUAUAUUUGAGUUGACAGAAUAACAUUCUGAUUGGGAGCAUUUUGCAGGUGCGUGAUGACGUAGUAUCCUACCAUUUAGGUGCAUUUACUGCCAUUUUGUUGUGAUGAUUUUGUUCCUACUUUAAAGUGGAAAUAAGAAUAUUAUAUGUAAGCCAACUUGUGUAAGAUUUUAUCAGUGCAUUUAUAUUUUAGAUUGUUUACACGUGAUGUUAUAAAAUAUUUUCACUGUCAAUUUUUAUAGUAACUGCAUUUAAACGCUACAAUUAUUGAUCGGUUGUCAAUUGGACGCCAGCAGGAGAUUUCUUGUCUAGUCGGUAGUUACUUUUCCCGAUAUAUUGAGGAUAUUCAAGUUUUUUAUAUAGAUACAGAUUUAUUUUCAUGCAGUGGUUGAAAGUUAAUAUUUCAUGAGUGGCGAUUACGUUUUAAUAUUGUGUAUUGGUUAAAUUUAGAAGGAAGUAAUCCUGCAAGACACCAGUGAAAAUAUGGGGAAAAUGUUUCACUGCAGUGAAAAAUAAAUUUUUAGAGUGAUAAUAUGGAAAAUGAAAAUUUGCAUCUAAUUUCAUCAAUAUUUCUCAAAAUUUCCUUUAUUAAGUGUAUAAUAUAUUGAGUAUAUUUUAAAAUCUGCAUAGGAAUUAAUAUUUUGUAGUAGAUAGAAAAAUUCUAAUUCACAAAUUAAGAAUUUUUCAGAAAAUCCUCUGUAACCUUGUACAGGUUGACACAUUCAUGUGUAAACAACUUUAGAUUGAUAAGAAGUUUUCCCUGGAAAUUUAGGGAAUCACAUUAAAAAAUAUUGAAAGGUUUAUCCAAUUCCUGAAAUAGCAAAUGAUGGAAUUGAAUUUAGCAAGGGAUAUGAUAUAAAAUUGUUAAAAGUUGUUUCACUGAAGUGUACCUUUAUGUCGUUUUUACACAGUAAAGUCAUAGUAAGCCAUGGAAAUGAAUGUUGUUUAGUAAAUGGUAAUUAAUUGUUAUAGAAAAAGCUCAGUCACGUUGUACUUAUCUAAAUGGGAGAUGUCUUUCACGAUGAGAAAAUGGCGCUGAAUGUGAAAUAAUUUGUGAUAAAGUUAGCAAAAUUUGUAAACAGAGUGGCAUUUUGACUUAGCUAUUAACUGUACUAAUUGCCAAAAAUCAGCAUGGGGACAAAAAAAAAUAAUGGCUGAAUGGCUAAUGAGUAACUGUUUUUGAAACUGUUAAGUGACAUUAAAAAUAAAAAAGCUUUUGAAAAAUAAAUAAAAAUAAAAAGCUUUUGAAAUUUAAAAAUAGUAGCAUUUUUCAGGCUUUAAGGUAUUUUUUUGGCAAAUGUUGCUCAAGAUUCAAAAUGUGUUCAUUGACAAUGUGUUCUUAUGUGAUAUGUGAUAUUUGUAUGUACAUUUAUAACAUUGUAUGUAAUGUGUUAUCAACAAAAAACGAUGGGCGAAUUUAUAGGACCCUGGAAUAGCUUUUAGGACACUGCUUGAAUAUUUAAAUGCUAUGGUUAAUAUAAUCAGUGUUAUAGGGAGAAUAUUGGUAUUCAGUUAGCCUAUAGAUGCCAGUCCAGAUUUUAAUUUACCUACUUGUACUAAUUUUGACUCGAAUAUUGGCAGAGUAGAGAGCUAUUGCACGUUGCUGUCACACUAUGUUUCAAGUUUUUAUGUUCAAGUUGAAACCUCCAGAACUACUUAAGGUAAUCAGGAACUUGGUAAUGUGAGUUUUUCCCCAGCUAAUCUAAAGGUACAAACUAAAUUUUACUGUUAUAGCUUAACAGUGCACUACCCGUCACAAUAGAUUAGUCAACAUGUUUCCCUUAUUUUCGAAGGUGUAACUGUAAAAGUUUGUACCUAGAUUAUUAGUUGGGAAAAACCCAAAUAUUCUUAAUUCUGGAGUUGAAACUUCACACACUUAUUUGUGAGCAUAAUAGGUUUCUAUUCACUGCCCAUAACUUUAACAUAGAUUUUAACAGAAUUAUGGCCCCCUUUUUUGUGACAUACAAAAUUCUUUAUUAUCCCACAAAAUUCUACAUGACCCCAGCUUUUGUUAAACUUAUCAUAUUCAGUGUUAACUUUUCAAAUCAAUUCCUACUCCAAUGCAUUCUCGAUCUCAUUUUUUUAAUGCACCUGUCUUCACAAGUACCAUUUUUCUUAACACAUUUUUCCUUCUUUCUCUUCUGUGAAACCUCACUUGAUAUGUAAAAAUCAGAAUCUACGUUUUCCUCAUCCAUUAAACUUGCAUUUAAGAUAUUCACAAUUGUGAAGCUGCUGACAGCACAGUGCCUUCACCUAAUAUAAUAAAAUAAUGUAGACUUUCCUGUUAGUAAAAGUUAUUUGGCAAUAACAAAUAUGAUAAUUGUACAUUUACCAUAUGCUAUGUUACGAAUGAAAAUAAAACUUAAGAAAUUG